AUGGCCAUCGGGGAGCACCCGGCUGCCCUGUGCCCCCAGGAGCUGCGGAGCGGGUGCUUCUGGCGGGGGGUGCUGGCGGAGACAUCAGCGACGCUUAUCUUCGUGGGGGUGGUACUGGGCGCCUCGGCAGCCCCCGGGCCCCUGGCACCAGCGCUGGCCGGGGGGCUGGCAGCUGGGGCGCUGGCCUGCACCCUCGGGGCACCCCAGGCCAACCCGGCACUCACCCUGGCCCUGCUCUGCACCCGCAAGCUGGGUGCCCUGCGCGGGGCUGCCGGACUCCUGGCCCAGUGUGCCGGGGCCGUGCUGGCCUCCGCCGCCGCCCGCCUGGUGCUGCCGGACGACGCCAGCCUCAUCACCAGGGUGAGUGCGGCAGGGACGGCGAGGCAGGCACUGGCCUGGGAGACCUUCGCCACCUUCCAGCUGGCUCUGGUUGCCUUUGCUGCUGCCGACCGGGCAGCCCCCCAGGGCGGGCUGGCCCUGGGCAGCGCUGUGGCUGCCGGCGCCCUGGCCGCGGGGCCAUUCUCGGGGGGCAGCAUGAACCCGGCACGCUCGCUGGGACCGGCCAUCGUCACCGGCAUCUGGGACGACCAUUGGGUGUACUGGCUGGGGCCGGUGCUGGGUGCAGUGCUGGCCGGGCUCUCCUACGAGUUCAUCUUCGCCCCCAGUGCCUCCCGGGAGAAACUGGGUGCCUGCCUCGCCUGCCGGGACGUGGCGCUGGUGGAGACCACCAGCCCGUCCCCCUCCUCGCCCUCUGCCCGCGGCCCCCCGGCCCCCCCCAGCUGAGCGGGGCCAGGGCACAGCCUGAGCCCCCCCCAGCCCCCAGCUCUGACCCAGCCCACGGGAGGUGGCACGUGGGCCCCAACACCAGGUCCCUGCCAGCCCCCCAGCCCAGCAUCCUCCAUGGGGGACCCAGGGCACGGUGCCCCCCCCGGCAGGAUAGGGGGGCCCAUGCACAGAUGGCUCCAGCCCCCCCCUCCCCCCCAGGGGGAUUAAAGGUGGCUUUGGGUCAGAGGUGGGUGCAGAGUGUUGCUGUGGGGGACGGGGGGUCUCGACGGCUGCAAGACCCCUGUCCUGCACCCUCAGGGCAUGGGAGCACCCCGAUGCCGGGGUCCUCCCCCGCGCCCCACUUGGGGCCGUGCCCCCUCCCCAGCUCCCCCAGGCAGGUGCCCCCUCCCAGCGGCCCCGCAGCGAGGGUGGGGGCCGGGACCCCCGUCCGCCCCGUCCCGUGCCGGGGCGCUGAGCGCAGCAAAGCCCUUUGUCGCGGCCUCUGCAGCCCCGGCAGAUUUCUGCGGGCGCCAAUGGCCGAGCCUGGCCCUAAUCCCCCCGGCCGGGGAAUUAGUGCCCGCUAAGCCGGGCUGAAUAACCCUCCCGCAGACAACAGGGCUGGGGCGGGGGGAGCCCCCGCGGCCCCCAGUGGGGCUGGCCCAGGGGGGGCACUCAGGGCCCCCCCCUGUGUAGGGCUGGGGGAGGCUGGCUCCCAGCAGGGUCACCCCAAUGUGUCCCCAAAACAUGUGGGGGGGGGCAGGGGGGUGUCUCAGCGUUGCCCCCGGCCCCCCCCAGCACGGUGGUCCCCCAAAACCUGCAGAGGGCACCUAUGGGUCAGAG